CCAAUCGGCGCUCUCGGCGGUGUCGCCAUAUUAUCGAGUCGCCUGUGGCACGCCCUACAACUUCCUCCGUUGUCCUUCUUUCCGGGAUUCUCUGCGAGGAAGGAUGGCUCAGAACAAUUAUUUCGGUUUUACUCACGGUGGAACUCAAUAUGGGGCUACCAGCGCUGCCGCGUAUCAGACCGGGCAAGCUGGAUACGCGGUAACCCCAGCGGCGACGGCCGCUACUUAUACUCAACGACCCGCUGCCGCUGCUGCGACUGGUUACGAAACCUACCAGGCAGCUGCCGCGGCGGCCGCGACUGGGACGACGUACGCAGCUGCCAAUCCUGGUACUGUGGCGCAAACUUACGAUUACGGUUACGGACGAGCUGCACCAGCAGCCACUUACGACGCAACCAAAACCUACUAUCAACAACCAGCUGCUGCCGCAGCAACGUAUACUACUACCGAAACACAUUAUCAGGCUGCCAAACCAGCUUAUAGCACGACUAGUGCUUAUACUGGCACUGCCAGGCAAGCUACUACCACUGGACAGGCUAAAACUUAUCAAGCAUCUAGCACAGCUUACCAGCAAUCGAAUCCUACACAGAGUGCUACUUAUUCUUCAGGAUAUACAGCUCCAGCUACACCUGCUGCUACGCCAUCAACUGCAACAAAUAAAACGGCGAGUACAACGUAUUCCGGCUACGACGCAGCGCUAUAUAGCGCUGCGACUAUGUAUGUAGCCCAACAGAGUGCAAACAGCAAUUCCACUAACCAGAAGACUGGAGGUUGGCAGGGCUACGGACGGAAGGGAUUCGGAGCUGGCGGGGGAGGGAUGAAGGCAAUGCGACCCAAGCAGCCUCCUAAGCCACAGCAACUACACUAUUGCGAUGUCUGUAAGAUCAGCUGUGCUGGACCACAAACUUAUCGUGAGCAUCUCGAGGGUCAGAAGCACAAGAAAAAGGAGGCAUCGUUGAAGGUACCGCAACAGCCCCCCGCACGUGGAGCAGGCAAUAGCCUACGUUGUGAACUCUGUGAUGUUACUUGUACCGGAAAUGACGCCUACGCUGCUCACAUCCGAGGUGCUAAGCAUCAAAAGGUGGUGAAGCUGCAUACUAAGCUCGGAAAACCUAUCCCGAGUGCAGAUCCCACUGUUUUGAACCCGAAACCAGCGGCAGCUGCUAAAACCACCACGACAAAGAAGCCGACUAUAACAGCAACUCCCAAGAUCAAUUUCGUUGCUUCUGGAAAUUUGGGUACGGUGAAUCAGAAUCAAACAGUCGAAGUAAAGCAGGAAGAGCCAGCUGCUGAAGAAACCGUAGAAGAAGCUACAGUCGAUGAAAAGGACAUUCAACCAGUCGGUCAAGAAUACAUCGAAGAGAACAAAUCCGAGGACGGAAAAAUUAUAAGUUUUAAUUGUAAACUAUGCGAGUGCCGCUUCAACGAUCCCAAUGCCAAAGACAUGCACAUGAAGGGCCGCCGACAUAGAUUCGCCUAUAAGAAGAAGGUUAAUCCCGAUUUGGUCGUCGAUAUGAAACCUAGUCUCAAACAACGUAAGAUGCUCGAAGAGAAAUUACGUAGGCAACAAAUGCGCGACGAAUAUCUACGUCGUAGGGAAGAAAUCAAUCAAUUGGGACCUAUGGGACCCAUAAUGGAUGAGGAGAUGAUGUAUUGGGAGGAGAGACGUCGUUACGAGGAAGAAUGCGAAUAUUAUGAAUGGUAUCGACGAUAUGGACGCGGCCCAGGUGCACCACCGAUGCCACGACCAUUCCCAGGACCACCGCCAAUGAUGAUGUUCCCGGGUCCACAGAGACGACCAGAUUCGUCGGAUGAUAAGCAUGUAUUGGCACAUCAUACGACUAUUUAUCCCAAGGAGCAAGAAUUGCUGGCAGUUCAGAAAAUUGUUUCUCACACUGAGAAAGCAUUGAAAUUUGUAUCAGAUGCCUUGGCUGAGGCUGGCAAAAAGAAUAUUCCUGCAAAUACUAAUGCUACUGUAACAGCACCAGCGGUGACCGGUACAUCACAGACAAACGCAGAUACAAUGAAAAAAGAUGAGACUGAUAAAAAGAAGGCCGUUACACCGCAGAAAGAAGAUGGCAGUGACGGAAAUCUUUUUUCAUUUCAAAAAGAAAAGGAAGAUUCUAGGAUACUUCGCGGCGUUAUGCGCGUCGGAAACUUGGCCAAAGGAUUAUUGCUAUCCGGAGAUAAUCAUGUUUGUCUCGUUGUUUUAUGCGCUGAAAAACCAACAAGGACAUUGCUCAAUAAAGUUGCUGAAAUUCUACCUGGUGAACUGAAGAAUGUGGCACCUGAGGAAACGUAUAAUGUCGGAAAGCAUCCGGAAUCCGCGGCUUUGACUGUCUCAGGUGGUACGGUUACCGUCAGCGUGACGCUUACCAGUCCCCUAAUGCGCGAGACACCCAAGUCAACCGCAGCAGCAGAUAAUGCUGGACAGCAGCAGCAGGAAGCUGCUCAACUGCAAACGACGCCCGCGGCCCCCACAGUGACCAAACCAGAUCCACCAGAUGUACUUCCCAAGGCUAAGUGUUUGGACGCUUUAGCUGCACUCAGGCAUGCCAAGUGGUUUCAGGCUAGAGCAACUUCGCUGCAGAGCUGUGUUAUGGUUAUCCGUAUAAUGCGUGACCUUUGCAAUCGUGUGCCAACGUGGGGUCCAUUAAAUCCUUGGGCGUUGGAGUUAUUGACCGAGAAAGUGAUAAGUACUGCAGGUGGUCCUCUUAGUCCCGGUGAAGCCUUAAGAAGACUUUUGGAAUGUGUAGCAGGAGGAAUAUUGCUGCCAAGUAGCCCAGGUUUAUCCGAUCCAUGUGAAAAGGAACCGGUAGACGCAAUAGGGAAUAUGACGUCUCAACAAAGAGAAGAUAUUACCGCGUCCGCACAACAUGCGUUGCGAUUAGUAGCGUUCCGUCAGAUUCACAAAGUCCUAGGUAUGGAGCAACUGCCCCCUCCAAAAUUUAAGGGACGAUUUGCCAGAAAACGAAGACGCGACAACAGCAACGGAGAAGGCACGGAUAGCGAAGCUUCGAAAAAGGAUAAGAAGGCAGAAGAGAUCAAAAUGGAAACAGACUCGAAGUAAAAGAUCUACCAAAAGAUUCGUCUUUUACGAAUUACCUAUUAACUUAUCUAAUUUAAAAGAAAAAACAUUUUUUUCGCCGUGUCAGUUGCUUAUUUAGGAAAAGAAAUAUCUUCGAAUUGGGACAAUUCGAAAAUUAGGUGAUACUCGUCGCGACUUAGAAUAAUUUUCGAGCAUAUAAUCCAAGAACGAAUAAUGCUAUAAGAAUGAAGCGCUUAUCAAACUGCAAUAUCGGGUGUUCUUCGUCUUAUCGCGCGUCCCUAUUAAAAAUUAUAUGAUUUCAUGGAAAUGACAUAAUCAUUUCCUUUUUGCUACGAUAUACGAGAUAAAUUUGAACAUUACAAAUCGAUGUUCGAUCAAUCGUAUCAAUUGCUUAUUUGAAAUAGCUUAUCAAUCGAUUUAAUUAUUUAUUAUAACUAUCUUGACUUUGCACUACGUGAUGUUUAACGCUCCUCUAUGUCUUCACUGCAGACAUUGAUGAAAUUUAAUUACAAAAAUCACGUUUCUUGUUUCUCAAAUUAUAAUAUAAUUGCAGUCAAAGUCCAUUGCAGGAAGUUUAAUGUAUGAUAUAUCACUGCAAUUAAUUGAUAUUAGGUUUGUAUCAACAAUACAACUAAUAAAUACGUUGAUCGAUCUGAACUGUUUAGAUUUAUCUCAAUUACAGCGGAUACGCAAACGAAGAAAUCUAAACGAUCGAGAGUGGUAGAACGCGACGAUGAACAUUUAUAAGUUUGAAGUUACAGAUAGAUAAUAGAUUGUAUUGAGAAUUUGUGUGUAUGUUGUGUGUGUAGUCAGUACAGACGUUGUAGAAAAUAUUAUACUUCUUCUCUCUAUCUCUUUCUCACUUCUGCACAAAGUGACAACCAUUUACGGUGUAUGUUAUUAUCACGUGCGUGAUUCACACAAAUUAAAGAUAUUUAUAAAUCGAUGAAUCGGAUGUCAAAAUGUUGUGAAACAUGUGCACAUGUUUUUUAACAGAUCGCUCUCUGUAGAUCAAUCUGAACUUUAUUUACAGAAAAUCGAGCGACAAUCGAACUUGCAACUACUCAAUUUUCGAACAUUGCCACCGUUUAAGUGAAUUCUUCCGACUUGUGUAGAUUUUCUGUUCUGUAUUUUCGAAUCAUCAUUGAAUAAAAAUAAUAUGUAUGAUGCAA